AUGGCUCGGCGCUUCAUCCAGGCCGCCAGCAGCCGCUUCAAGCGCUCCAAAAAGAUUGGUACGUGUACGGAUGACGUAGAUUGGAUGAUCCGGGAGGUUGUCGUUGCCCGCUCGGUGCAGAACGUUAAGAGCCCCGACGCUCUCAUCUCGGUCGCGCAGUUCAUGAGGAUGCCGCUCUCCAUCUGGCUGAGCCUCAUGAACCUGCUCAGCCCGCGCGACUUGCUCAACUGGGCACAUGCGCACCCGUUUUUCAAGGACCUCAUCACCAAGUCGCCGAAACGGUGGGCCAGAAUCAAACCGCGCGAGGCAAUGAACUACGAUUUUCAUGGACAUCGCGAGGGAUGGGAGGAGGCGAAGGCGUACAAGCUGACGUGGAGCCGCUUCUGGUGGGAGAACGAACAGAAAUACAUUCUGGCCUACGGAGAUGAAUAUUCCUUCGCACGGGACGAUUUCUACUACAAAGGCUGUGACGAACUCCAUUUUGUUCCGCUCCGCCCGGGUGUUGAUCGCGAGAAAGUGGCCGUCGAGGAUUUCCUUAUCCUAUUCAACAACGCGACCUUUGACCAGGUCGCCAUCGGCCCCAAGUGGGACCUGCCCGACCUCGAGAAGUACAACAACCGCCCAUCCAUCCGUGCCCACGCCGUCAUGUUGACUUGCCCAACUGAAGAGCAUUACGCCCAGAUGCUGAAAUUCGAGCCGCAGUGCGUGGCCCUCGACGUUUCCAACAAGCCAAAAGUUGGCGCACUGCGCUCGGCGGUCAAAACUGUGAUGACCAUGCUUCCGGACUUGCCAAAACUGUGGCUGGUCGUUGGCCGUGAGGUCGCUGAGGUGACCCUGCUCUGCGACGUCCCCUCGCCCACCAUCGUCGCCUAUUUCGAUGUGGUCGGAGAUUAUCGACGAAGCCGAGGCGAUGCUCCACUGGUCAAAAAAUUCGAGCGCACCUUGAAGCCGACGUUGAACACCCUGAUUAAGCAGUGGCAGCGACGUGAGCGUGACAUUGACCACAUUGCACUGAUCUCGCUCCGGUCUUCGGAGAGCGAGCCGGUUGACUGGGCUGAAUGGAAACGCGUCUACCCAGGGAUCUGCGAGCUACCCGGCGAACUCUGUAAGGGAAAGACCGAUCCGUACUGCAUCGACUGGGCUAAUGAAGCGGACGAAUUUUGGCUGAUUCGUCGUGGACCCGCAAGCCACGAGGGCCUGUUGAUCGGUGUGAAGGGUCCGAGUUUCCUGCUCAUCUCCUGCGACUACAACUUCCGCAGAACGCGCACCAAAGAGGCUUCCGGCAAGUUCUUUGAGGCUUCCCAGCAGGCUCAGAAGAACAUCAAGGACGCCUUCGUGGGUGACGAUCCGGAAGUGGAGUCGAACUGGCGCAGCAGACUGCCCAGAAGGAUCAUCACGGAUCGUCUCGCCGCGGUGGAACGCGCUGAGCUCGCGUUCAAGGAAUGGACCAAGAUGGAGCCGCACAACUCGGUGCCGAUCCGCGAACGUGCCAUCGAUCGCUUGCUAUUCAACUCGGUGUACCGCCACUCCUGCGAGACGUCGUUCACGCCGACGUUCGAAUUCGACCCGCCGAAGGACACGCUCCUCGGCCGCUACAUUUGGCGUCGGUCGUUUAUCAUUCAUGAUGACGAAGACGACGCCGAGUUU